CUCAUCAUUUUCUUUCAUCCCCUUCUCUCCAUUUCACCAAUACCAAUGCUCUCCAACCAAAAACCCUAAUUAGAAGGGUCAAAUUCAACAACAAUAUCUCACUCUCCCCCAACCCAACCCAGUCUUCAAUGGUCCCUGUUUCAGUAACUUUCUCUAUUUUAUUUUACUACAUUCAUCUCCCUCUCUCUCUCUCUCUCUCUCUCUCUCUAUUAUAGUAAUCUAUACAUAUAACCUAUAUAUAAAGCUCAACCCAAUAAUUCUUGCAGUGACUGAGUGACCACCCAUUAAGUCAUUUGUGUACUACUGAUCCUUCUACUCAAAGGGGAAUGAAUGGCUGGGAAAGCUCAAAUCUUUUUUUUCUUCUAAUCCAUUUGUUUGUGUAAGUACUAAUUUUCCCACAUUUUUCUUUUCAUGGUUUCAAUUGUUUAUUCAGUUUUGUUACUCUCAUCUGACAUUUGUGAGUUUUUCAAUUAAUUUUUUUGAAGUAGUUUAGGCUGUUCUUAUUCUAUUCCUAGCCUUCUGAAAGUGCGAUACUUUCUCCUUUUAGGUUUCUAAGCAAUUUUGAGUAUGUGGGGGUAGUUACCAACUUACCCCAAGAUUAGUUCAACUGCUCUUCCUAAAGUUGUUGUUCGGCCUACUUAUCCUCAAUUGGAUCGUUUUUGUCUUCAAUUGGUCUCGUUUUAGGUAAGUUUCAUCGUAUCAGAGCUCGACGACUCUAAUUCUGCCUACUGGGUUUUUGUUGUUUUGCCUUAAUCAGGAAAACCCACUUCUCUGGACUUCGAUUUACUUAUUCUAAUUCUGCCUACUGGGUUUUUGUUGUUUUGCCUUAAUCAGGAAAACCCACUUCUCUGGACUUCGAUUUACUUAUUCCUUUUCUUCUUCUUUUUUUUCUUCUGUUUUUUAUGGUUCGAACAAUUGGGAUUUAUGGUUUUGUGAAUUCAGUUUCAGUAGAGUUGUUGAAGUUGUGUUAGAUCUUUGUUGAUUCGUAGAUGAUAGAUAGAAGGGAUCACAGAGAAUAGAUUGUAGGAGUGAAAGUGGAAGGUUGCUAUGGACUGGGAAUUGAAAGCAUCAGGUUGGGAUUUUACUGAUUUUGGGCGAGAAGACGAUACCCGCCUGGCGACACUAGUUGGUUCGAGUAGUUUAGGAGUGCACAAGAAUGGGCGAGGCUUUUCAGUUGAUUUGAAACUAGGUGGAUUAGGAGAUUUGGGAGAUGGGUCAAUUGACAAAUUGAAGGAACCAGGAGGCUCCACGAUUGCAUCGUCACCUUCAGGGUCGUUGAAGAGAACAAGGGCUAUUAAUGGGACUCAAAAUGUUUCAUGUUUGGUGGACGGGUGCAUAGCUGACCUCAGUAAUUGCAGAGAGUAUCAUCGGCGCCAUAGGGUGUGUGAGCGCCACUCUAAGACCCCAGUUGUCAUUGUCGGUGGCAAAGAGCAACGGUUCUGCCAGCAAUGUAGCAGAUUUCAAUCUCUUGGGGAGUUUGAUGAAGAAAAGCGAAGCUGCAGGAAACGCCUUGAUGGUCACAACCGGCGUCGGAGGAAACCUCAACCAGAAGCCUUCUACAUGAGCUCUGGGAGCUUUUUGUCCAAUCACCAAGGUGUCAGACUCUUGAAUUUCACUGGUCCACAAGCAUAUACAACCUCUACAACAGGUGCUGUUCCGACAUGGCCCAGGGUUUCCGAAUACCACCAAGACUUACAUGUUGUCAAUCAACAGAGUACAACCCCAAAUACUUUAGGCUGUGUCUACAACGGAGGAGACAAAAGAUUCCCAUUCUUGCUUGCAAACGAACCUGAAAGAAGCAGCAACCAAGCAGUCCCUGAAUUUUCCAUCUGCCAGCGACUUCUCAAUAACAGAGCCUCCCCAGAAAGGGGUCGGGGUUUCCAGAAAAUACUCUCUGAUGGAUUUGCACAGUCUGUCAAUUCCAAGCUUGCUCUCUCUCUUCUGUCAUCAAACCGGACACAGAAUUCGGAAACUAGUUUGACCCACAUAUUGCAGCGGGAUAUGAUACAUCUGAAUCAGCCAAUGGGUAUGAGCUUCCAAUUUGAUGGUCUAGCUCAAUACUCGCGCUCACAAGGGGUGGUGGAGGAGAAGCCUCCAGUGUUGGUUCCUCAGGGCAGCAACACCAACAAUCUUUGCAAUGAGAUAUUUCAAGUGGCGCCGUACGAUUUCUUGGAAGAAGGGGCUUCACAAGUGAUUCCAUUUUCUUGGAAGUAAUUCAUUUUGAUGGCCCUUGUAAAGCGCCUGCUAGUUCUCUUUAGAUCCAAUUAUUUCUUGGAUGUUCUUCCUCUGGUUCUUAGAUACUGAAUUCUAACGCUCUUGAUUGAUUUCGUUUACCAGUGUACACAUUGAUGAUCUUCAGCUGACUCAAACAUCAUAUAUAUAAUUUAUUUCUUCCUGCAGAUAGUGGAUAUAAUAUGUGCUUGCACCUUUA